AUGGUCCGGGAAGGGCUCUGGUGCCGCUGCACCGAAUCCCUCCCCGAUUGCGAGGCGCCGCCGUACGUGUUCGCCUCUCCCGAGCGUGUCUGCACAGACGUGUCGGCGUGGGUUUUCCCUGCGUGCGUGUGGACCCGCAACUCGCUCGUGGGCCCGUGUGCCCAGGCAGAAGGCGAGGGCGCGAUAAAACCACCCCCCGGGAGCAACGGGCGGAAGCAGCGGCGGGAGCGCACCACCUUCACCCGCUCGCAGCUGGAUGUGCUGGAGGCACUCUUCGCCAAGACCCGCUACCCUGACAUCUUCAUGCGGGAGGAGGUCGCCCUGAAGAUCAACCUGCCCGAAUCCCGAGUCCAGGUCUGGUUCAAGAACCGCCGUGCCAAAGUGCCGGCACAGCAGCAGAGCGGUGGCGGGGCCAAGAGCCGUCCGGCCAAGAAGAAAUCCUCGCCGGCUCGUGAGAGCUCAGGUUCGGAGAGCAGCGGGCAGUUCACGCCGCCGGCAGCGGCCUCCAGCUCGGCCUCUUCUUCCUCCUCCAGCUCGGCCUCAUCGGCUCCGGCAGGCGCCCCGGCAUCUCUCAGCACCCCGGCGUCGUCCAUCUGGAGCCCAGCUUCCAUCUCUCCUGGUGCGGCGCCGGCGGGGGUGACUGUGCCUGAGCCCCUGCCGCCAGCUGCUGCGUCCUGCAUGCAACGGGCCGGCCCCGCCGCCGCUGCUGCCUCCGCCAGCUACCCCGUUUCCUAUGGCCAAGGCGGGGGGUAUGGGCAGGGUUACCCCGCGCCGCCCUCCUCGUCCUAUUUUGGGGGCGUUGAUUGCAGCUCCUACCUGGCACCCAUGCACUCCCACCACCAUCCCCACCAGCUCAGCCCCAUGGGGCCCUCCUCGGUGCCUGGCCAUCACCACCACCACCCGCUGAGCCAGAGCUCAGGCCACCACCACCAUCAUCACCAUCACCACCACCACCAGGGUUACGGCGGCACCGGG